AUGGCUAUCUCUAAAAAUUUACCACUUUUGAAGAACCACUUCAGAAAGCACUGGCAAGAACGUGUUAGAGUCCACUUGGACCAGGCCGGAAAGAGAACCUCCAGACGUAACGCCAGAGCUGCUAAGGCUGUCAAUCUGGCUCCAAGACCUUUGGACUCUCUGAGACCCAUUGUCAGAUGCCCAACCGUCAAGCACAACAGAAAAGUCAGAGCUGGAAGAGGAUUCACCAUUGAAGAGCUUAAGGCUGUUGGUUUGAACGCUAACUACGCUAGAACCGUUGGUAUUGCUGUCGACACCAGAAGAAAGAACAGAUCCGAGGAGGGUUUUGAGUUGAACGUCCAAAGAUUGAAGGAGUACCAAUCUAAGUUGGUUGUCUUCAAGUCUCGUGCUGAGGCCAAGGAUGCUAAGCAAAUCUCUCUGGGUGCUUCCUUCCCAGUUGAGCAACCAGCCAUUGAGGUUGGCCCAAGAGCUGUCGUUGUUCCUGAGAAGACUGCCUUCGAGACUUUGAAGCAGGCCAGACUGGACCAGAAGUAUGCUGGUCAAGUUGCUAAGCGUGCUAAAGAGGCUGCCGAGGCUGAAGCUAACAAGAAAUAG